AUGAACAGUCUUAUCCCGACUGACGGGUGGAUAGGCAGGCAGCAGGCUCGUCCGGGAUGGAGGAGGAACUGGGGCGCCGACGCACCGUACAACUACGCCACGAAGCUCGGCGAUGACACCGUGCGAUUAGAAUGGCGAAGGCACGGCUUCCAGGGGGGUCCUUCUGGAAGAGUGGAUCCGGAAACGACGGGAGCAGGCAAUCAGAACAUGGGAACAUUCCGCAGAGGGUCCGAAUUUACACUCGUAGCAUGCGAAUUCCAGACCGAGUUCAGCGACGGGGUGGCCAAGAGCGGCAAACGGUGA